GCGGAUUCGAAGCAAAAACCUCUUUUACAUGAAAUAAUUUUCGUCGAAUUGGUCGGUUAGACUGCAUAUCUUUUCUCAGUUUUCCCUUCUUUUAAUAUUCUUUAUUUGCAGUUUGUACUUUAUGGUUCAGCUUCUGUCCCAUUCCUGACCUCUUUCGUCAUUCAUUCUCGGAAUCUCGAAAGGGAAGCUUACUUUUGCAUCAAUUCUCAUUUGAGCGCCUCUGGAUAAAAAUAGCUUUGUCUUAAUUUUUAUCGAAUUGUCCCAAUGGAGCAGAACAAUGGAACUACUGAACACCCAAAGGAGGUGUUGGACCAAACCAAUCCUUCGAACGAGGUGACCGGAGUUCCAAAUGGAAACCAUGCAGAAGGCGAAGGUGAUCAAAAUGCAGGAGAAGCACCGGGGCUUUUCCAGAUCACUGUGAAGCUGCCUCAUGAACCCUAUAAGAUCCAGGUCAUGGUAUCGAACCAGGAACAGGUUCAGGAUGUGCGCCAAUCCAUCGUCGAGCUACCCGGGACCUUCCAGUAUACAAGCUUUCACUUGGAACAUAAUGGCGAGAGAAUAAAUGACUAUGUCGAGCUUUCUGAGGUCAAAGACCUCAAGCCCGAUGCCGAAAUAGUCUUGGUGGAGGACCCAUAUACCGAGAAGGAGGCCCGAAUGCACCUUGUGCGGAUCAGGGAACUGAUCGGUGCUUCCGGAGAUCGGGUCGAUAAUUUGCAUGGAAUUUGUGCAGGUUUGUCCCUCCACGAUUCCGUUGCUGCUGGCGAGCAACUGUCGGACGAUAUUCCCUCAAAGGAGGAGAACUCCGCCAAUGGUACUGCGGAACAUGCUCUCGUUGGCUAUGAGGUUCCUGGCCCUGCAGACCUUCGAACCAUUCUCCCCCGAAAGCAGGCCCCAUUUCCUAAGACCGUCAAAUCCAUCUCCCUUUCCCCCUGGAACCCUCCACCAUACCAUCUCCGCCAAAAAGGACACUUGCUCUACCUUCAAGUCACGACAAACGAGGGCGAGCAGUACCAGAUCACCUCUCAUGUCUCUGGGUUCUUCGUCAACAAGUGCUCUAAUAGCAAAUUCGACCCGUUCCCCCGAGCAGCUCCCAAGAAUUAUAGCGCCCAUUCGCUACUUACCUUAAUCUCCCUCAUCUCCCCGUCCUUCGAGAAUUCUUUCAAGGCCCUACAAGAGGCCAAUAACAAAAAGGAUCUUUUGACCACAUUCCCCUUCCAGAAUUCGAUACCACACAACCCGUGGCUCGUCCCUCCAACUUCUAGCCCUGCAACUGCUCAUCAGUCAGACAUUACAAGGCCACAAGAGAACUAUUUGAUUGCCGGUGUCGAUAACUCUGAGACCCUUAGAGACUGGAAUGAGGAGUUCCAGACGACGCGAGAGCUUCCUCGUGACACUGUGCAGGACAAGGUAUUCAGGGAAAGAUUGACUUCAAAGCUGUUCGCGGAUUAUAAUGACGCUGCGGCUCGGGGUGCGGUUUUGGUCGCCCGUGGCGAAGUCGCUCCUCUGAACCCGACAGAGGGUAGAGAUGCCCAGAUCUUUGUCUACAAUAAUAUAUUCUUCUCUUUUGGGGCUGACGGAGUUGGAACCUUUGCAUCUGAGGGCGGCGACGAAGCUGCUCGUGUUGCUGUGGCCAAGGAUGUAAUGGGUGUUAAGGCAGUCAACCAGCUUGACAUUGCUGGCCUUUUCACUCCGGGCACCAUGGUGAUCGACUACCUUGGAAAACGUGUGGUCGGCCAGAGCAUUGUUCCCGGUAUCUUCAAACAGCGAGAGCCCGGAGAGCACCAGAUCGACUAUGGUGGUGUUGACGGCAAAGACGUCAUUGCGAAACAUGAGGCUUUCGUUCCAGUCUUUGAGAAGCUCUCCAAGGCACUGCGAGUGAAGAAGCACCCUGUCUGGGACAAAGAUGGCGCUAGACAUGAAUUGGAGAGUAGCGUUGAGACGAAAGGGCUUCUUGGCACCGAUGGACGGAAGUACGUUUUGGAUCUGUAUCGUAUUACGCCAUUGGAUGUCCUGUGGUAUGAGGAUUCCGAAAACCACGAGCCGUACCCACAUCGGAUGUCAGUUCUUCGAUUGGAGUUGGUCGAAUCUUAUUGGAGGUUUAAAAUGGGCCAGUAUGUCAAAGAGGAAGUUGAGAAACGCAGAAAGGCCAAGAAAGAGGCUGAAGAGAAAGCCGAGGAAAGCAAGCCGAAUGGAGAGGCUGCCGACGCAUCUGAGAAUGCUGAGUCCGAGAAGAAGGAAACCACUUCUCCAGACCAAGAGCGAGUUGACAUCUCUGACUUCAAGCUUGCUCUGAACCCUGAUGUUUUUAGUGGCCAAGUACCACAAACUGAUGAGGAGAAAGAAGAGUGGGCACAGGAUGAGAAAGAGGUUCGUGAUGCUUGUAACUAUCUGAGAUCCAAGGUGUUGCCUGAACUGAUCCAAGACCUCCAUGAUGGCGAUGUUGGAUUCCCUAUGGAUGGACAAUCCUUGAGCCAGCUUCUUCACAAGCGUGGUAUCAACGUUAGAUACCUCGGAAAGCUUGCAGCCUUGGCAAAGGAGAAGGGGGCUAGACUUCAGGCCUUGACCGCCCUUAUGACUCAGGAUAUGGUUGCCCGUGCAUUCAAGCAUAUUGCUAAUCGCUAUCUUCGAAACCUCCCUUCGGCAUUUGCCACUUCUUGCAUUGCGCACCUGCUCAACUGCUUGCUUGGAACCGAAGUGAAUUCCAAGCCUCGCGCAGAGAUUGAUGAAUCUCUCCGUGAAAUCUACCCUGAGGGUGACUUUUCUUUCGAACAGGUGACACCAACAGCGCUUAAAGAGGACAUUGAGAAGCAAAUCAAGAUCCGUUACCGGUUCUCUCUUGAUGCUGACUGGACUUCUUCUUUGAGACAUCUUCAACUCCUCCGAGAUAUCUCUCUCAAACUUGGACUUCAGCUUGGCGCCAAGAAUUACGCCUUUGAUCGGUCUCAGCUUAAGAAUCAAGAUCACUCCCCUGCUGCGAAUGGCACUCGGACCCCAGAGGAGGGAGGCAAGAAGAAAAAGAAAAAGGGCAGCGACCAGGCUUCUCCACGACCUGCGCAAAGUCCCGCUCCAGCUGUUACCUUUGUUCCAGAUGAUAUCUUGAACAUUGUUCCUAUCGUCAAGGACGCAUCACCCAGAAGUGCGCUUUCUGAGGAGGCCCUCGAAGCGGGGCGCAUUUCCCUGAUGCAGAACCAGAAGGAACUGGGACAAGAGUUGAUUUUGGAGUCUCUGUCUCUUCAUGAACAGAUCUACGGCAUCCUCCACCCUGAGGUUGCUAAGCUUUACCACCAGCUUUCUAUGCUCUACUAUCAAUCAGACGACAAAGACGCGGCUGUGGAACUUGCACGAAAAGCUGUUAUUGUCACAGAGCGCACCAUGGGAGUGGAUUCUGCCGAUGCCAUCCUGAGUUACCUCAACCUCAGUCUGUUCGAGCACGCCACUGGAAACACCAAGGUUGCGUUGGUGUAUAUCCGACAUGCAUUGGAGCUGUGGAAGAUCAUUUAUGGCCCCAACCACCCAGACUCUAUCACCACGAUGAACAAUGCUGCCGUCAUGCUUCAACACCUCAAGCUCUAUCCCGACUCUCGGAAAUGGUUCGAGGCAUCACUCACCGUUUGCGAGGAGCUCUUCGGAAGACAGUCCGUCAACACGGCCACCAUCUUGUUCCAGCUUGCCCAGGCUCUUGCUUUGGACCAAGACUCCAAAGCAGCCGUGAACCGGAUGCGUGAUGCAUAUAAUAUUUUCUUGAAUGAGCUCGGCCCCGAGGAUCGCAACACGAAGGAGGCUGAGAGCUGGCUUGAGCAGCUCACCCAGAAUGCUGUAUAUAUCGCCAAGCACGCCAAAGACAUCCAGGCCCGUCGACGCCGUCUGGCGAACCUGCCGACUCGUCUCGGUACCAAGCCCCAGCCGCAAGUUGGACAAACCACCUCAGAGAUGGCCAAUGCGGCGGAGGCUAGGGGCAACGCGUCCUUAGACCCCCGUAGUAUCGAUGAAUUGUUGAAGUUCAUCGAGGGUGGCGAGUCCAGUGCACCGCGCACUAAGCAGAAGAAGCGUGCUGCUGCCCGUAACCCCAAACUCCGGGGUUCGAAGCAAUCAACUGUGAAGCCAUCUUCCUAAGCACGCUCUAGUGUCAGAGUGCCCACUGCUUUUUGUACAAAGUGAGCUUUGCAACACAUAUUCGUUUCAUUUCAUGUUGGCGACUAUCCUUUUAUGAAUAAAAAAUUUCAAGACUCUAUCAAAAGAGAAAAACCCUUCGGAACGAUCUCGUUGAGGCAUACCUGUACUCAGUACGGAGUAUAUUGGGGGGAUAUUGCUCGUCCUGGUGGGAAAGGAUUGGAGCCGUUCGGAUUUUGGGAACUGUAUAUAUCUCUACUCUACUCGAUCAUGAUCCAGCCUUGUACUCUUUCUAUGUAUGAAUACGUCAAAAGUCCGCAUGGCAUGGAUUUGGGUUUGGGCCUUUUUGCUUUUUUUUUUGUUUCCUUUUGGCUCCUGCUACAAUUCUUGGAUCUUUGUUCUUGUCGCACAUGGCAGUCUAUCUAUGGUGGGGGCGACAAAAUGUUUGCAUGGUGUACUAUACCGUCUUUUCGACCGCCCGGCCAUCCUCCCGUGUGCUUCUGGUUUGUAAAUAUCUUGAUUUUUUGCACUCAUAAAACAUCCAUUUCACUGUCA